AUGCGCAGACUCAGUGAUGCUCUGGAAGUUUGGGUCGCCUCCUUUCACUUCACCCCGGGAUGCACGGUUGAUGUUUUCAGUACUCAACUCGAUAUAUUCCUGUCCAAAAUGCCCAAAGGGAAGCACAGGGUCAUCGUUCAAGGGGAUGCCAAUGCCAGCUUCGGAUGGAUUGAGAAUGAGGGCUUGGUGGAUGCAAUUGGAAGGGAUGCGAAGGCUCUCAUCCUCCUCGACAGGUUCCAUAAGCAAGGCCUGACUUUGGUGGCCCCGAGGCCUCCCUUCAGGCGCCUACCGACGUCAAGACCGCGCCAAGAAGGUCGUGCUGGGAAGCAGAUUGACAUUGUAGCAGUGUCUCGUCUUAGGCAUGAGGGGUCGAUCACGCAUCAGGAUUCGUGUCUGACUUUGGGUACGGAUCAUGAGCUACUACAGGGCUGCUUCCGGGUGGUGACAGGCAAGAUACAACACCGUUGCGAAACCAAACCUCGAGUAUGGGUCGGUGGGCCUGACAAAAUUGACUACCUGGACCAAGGGGUGCUCGAAGACCUUGCCGCCCGCUGUACGAAGCCUCGCCAGAGCCAAGCAUACCGUGACCCAAAGGCUGUCAAGCAACUCAUGCAGCAGGCUAAGCUUUCCAGAACCAGGGAAGCCUGGAAAAAUGCGCUGGCAGCUCGGCGCUCGGCACGGCGGAGCUGGGAACUGGCUAGGCAGGACAGGGCCUUGAAGGGCGAUUGGGGUGCUUUCCGCCAGAGCAAGGCUCCGUCUAAGCAGGGGUGGGAGCUCGAGUAUGCUGAUAUGCAAACGAGGGACCCACAUGAGACAGUUCAUGAUCACCUCAGCCGGAUUUACAAAGGGGUCGACAUUGAGCCAAAGUACCUGCCGGAUCAGCCGGCUGUAGCUUUCACGGUUGAGGAUCUCAAAGCUGCUCUCACACAGCUGAAGGGGCAGAAGUCAGUUGGAAGGGAUCUCACUUCCAAGGAAUUAUUGCAAGCCGUGGUCAACAUUGAGGGCGGCGAGGGGCACCUUCUAGAGUACCUAAACAGAAUCCUCGCUACGCAACGCAUCCCUCGGGCGUGGAACGAACCUCUGCUGAUCGUGCUCCCCAAAACUGAACAACCUUCGGGGCCUGCUGACCUACGACCCAUUGCACUUGGCAGCUCUACUGCCAAAUUGUUCUCCCGCAUGCUGCUAAAUCGUGUUUCCCACCUGUUACCGUAUACCAGCCACGCCCAAUGUGCUGGUGGUCAACGUCAAGCUUCUGAUGUUCUAUUCACGAUAUGGCGCUUGAUGCAGCUUGAACGCGAGUGGAAAGGCGGUCUGGCCAUGUGCCAGAUCGAUAUAUCCAAAGCUUUCGAUUCGCUUGAUCGGGGUAAGUUGGUGGACAAGCUUGAACGGGUUAAACUGCCGUUGCAGUACUGGGUCAAGACACCCACCGAUAGCGAUCGACGAUCUCUUCGCAUCCAUAUGAACAUGGGCGCCUUCGGUGCCGCUUUUCGCCUUUGGGGCUUGUGGCUCCUCUACCAAAUGUGGCUACGGUGCGUCUUAUGCACAGCCUCCGCCCCGGGAUUCUUCGUGUCUAUGUCCUCCUCGAUGGGACUGCUGACCCACGCUCAGCCACCCGAGAUCCUGGGCGACUGGCCUCCGCACUGGUAUCUCCAGGGACAAGCUAUGGCAGCACCGCUUUUGGAAAGCGGCUCAGAGCCAAACGACCUCAUGGGCUUUCUGCAUGCUCUCAUUGUGUCUCGGGAGGAUGACCAUUAUGCCAGUUUCGUCUAUGAGCUCACGGCUGAUGUGGAGCAGUCGAUUGGUGGCAGGCUCAACCCCGACAACGAGAUCGGUCCACUGGCUCCCGAGGAAAUGAGAUGGUGCCGAUACAUUGAGGAGCACUUUCACCUUGAGUACUUGGAGGCCUUCUAUCCCCACCAACAAGCGGCACUUGAAAACCAGGCAGGUUCCCUGCCACAUGAGUUCUUCAACCUCGAGCCGCCUGCCGAAGGGGAGCCGGAACCUGAUGCAGUACGGAGGGUUGAAUUCAACAACAAAAGACGAUAUUCCAAACUCAUGAGGAUUGUGUUGCAGUUACCUAUUCCUGGUGACAGCUCCGCCUCCUCUGGGGAGGAGGUCUCCAUGUGGGACCAGGCAAGCCCCCUGCUCGAGAACCAACGAUCGAGCAGGAUGGCACCGGCCCCAGUCCCGAUGCGCACCCUACAUGAAAUCAAAGUGCGCUGGUUGCAGCAGGUAAUGGACCAUCUGCGCCAAGCUCACUAUGAAGGUGAUGACGGGUGGUCGUAUGAGAUGCUACGCCGUCGCAUUCUGGGCAGAAAUGAAGGGCACUACAGAAUCCGAGGGAUGGCCUACCUCAACUCGGCGGCAUCGGCCCAGAUUGUCGCGGAUACACUGGGGGCUGAGCCCCCUGACUACGUCCAGGAUUGGGCAGUCCAGGUCGAGGCAUCUUUGCACAGGAUCCUAUCUCUCCUGGAACCGUGUGAUGACAGCCUAGGGAUGGGACAAGCAUCCUCGAGCUGGCUACAUGCAGAGGCUAGGGACGCCCCUGACUGCUCUGCAGGGACAGUGGCCUGCCUCAACAGCUCAAUCGACAACGAGGGCAUCCAGCCGGUGACGGACUCUGAUGUCAUUGAGGUGAUCUCGGUACACGAUGACAGCCAUACGGAGGAUGACGAGGUUUGCUCCUUGGUGGCUAGGGCCAAGGACCACAGUCACUACGGAGGUCCGGAGGUUGACUUCGGGUUGUGA